AUGUACUGUUUAUUGGCGUUGUCAGCUUUGCGCAGGCUUAUGGUUGAAGUAGUCAACACUGUUGGAUUAAAAGGUUCGACCGUGGCAACUUACGCGCCAGUCGUGACCAUGGAACUGCGAAAUCAGAUCGAUGACUGGUAUCAACAUCUGCCGAAACCCCUGAAGUUUCCUCCAACGCACACAUUCUUAUUUGACAAGAGAAGAGCGUAUCUGAGGUCGCAAUACCAAGCAUUAAUUGCAGUCGUCUUCUGGCCGUUCGUCCCAAGGAGCAAAGAGAUGCUACUAUUCGGACAGAAUGGAGAAGAUUCAGAGCGUGUGAUGCGAGGAGCUGAUGAAUGCUUGAAAGCUGCGAGAGAUUUUCUGAAAGGCGCCGAAGAGAUCUUGACUCAGAAAACGGUUGACUCUCAUGUCAUCGUGCGCAGCUAUUUCACGAUGGCAGUCAUGCUUCUCUUCACACUACCGAGCCAGGACUCAGAUUGCGAGGCAACAGAGGACCAUUUGCUCCUGGAAGAAGCUCUGCAGAACCUCAGCCAUUGGGAUGUUGUACCUUUCAUGAAGAAGCCGCUGGAAGAGCUGGAAAGGAUGGCUUUAUCAAAGGGAAUAAAGGGUACGAGUUCCAUGCAGCAAGUUUUCGGAGGCGAUAAUAUCUGGCAAAUGCUGCCGAAGAACCCGGACAAGGAAGCGGACUUCAACUCGGCGAUGAAGAUCUAG